AUGCAUGCUUCCAGGGCUUCAGCUCCCAUAGCCAGAAAGUACUCUAACCGGCCGAAGCUGACGCCAGCAAGGGAACUCAUGGGCUGGGAUCGUUCCUUGUCUCUUGUGCAGCAUGGUCCUCGGUUCAAGCAGUUUCGCAAGAACUUGUAUCGCUGUAUAGGCACUCACGCGAGUACGAAGAAGUAUACUGGCCUUUUUGAACGCGAGACGCAUCGGUCUCUUCAACGCUUGUCGGAUACACCCUUGGAUUUUGAGGCCCAUACACGUCUAUAUUUUCAGUCUACCCGAAACACGCACUAUGACGCGCCCUCUUUUACUACUUGA